UCAUUGUUUCGGAACUAUUUAAUAAAGUUUAUCACUGAUUGGGAUUCGGAUCCUUUUGUUAUAGACUUGCUUAUGGCUAUAAUACUAUUUAACCCGGAUCGCCCUAACCUUACUGAUAGAGAGCUGAUUAAAGUACAACAACAGCUAUACAUGUAUUUACUUCAGAGGUAUCUGCAGAUCAGAUACGGCUCUGAAUACAAUGAAAACAGUUGUCCAGAAAAUGGCUCCGAGAGUGUUAUCAUUGACAACCACUCAAUCGCUGACACAUUAAGCGAGGAGCAAAAUAGUAGAUCACAGGACAUGGAUAAUGACUUUUACGUACCAAACAUAGACUCCUCGGACAUUGAUAGCACCGAUAGUUACUAUGAAUCCCAAUCGGCGGUCGUCGCGAUCGCCAAACCCAUCAACGAUUACAACAACAAUAACUUCAAUGAAAAUGAGAUGCAUUUUGUGAGCGAACUCUUGUCGGCCAUCAAACACAUGAAGCGAAACUUAGUGGCCAUCUCUGUCUGGGAGCCCACAAACAUCGAUGACUUCUUCAGACCACUGAUGAAUAAACACGAAGAAAGCAUUUCGUCAUUCGUGAAGACGUGUAAGAGUCUGAAGGCAUUCAAAGACAUCUGCGAAAGGGACCAAAUGACACUUUUCAAGAGUGGGGGCAUUGAAGCCCUCACUUUCUAUAGGUAUACCCGUUUUGAUUACGACAACGACUGGUGGAAAGUUGUUAUGGAUAACGGCAAUGCAGUGAUAAUAAGACUGGACCUUUUCAAACAGCACCGAUUCGAGACGGUUUACCCGAUGUCCAAAAAAACUUUAAAUAACAUCAAGCACACUUUAGACCUAGACCUUAAUAUAAUAUAUCUGUUGCUGCCCAUAAUAAUUUUCAAUCCUAAUAAAUCUAACCUUGUACAUCCAGAGAUUGUUAGGUUUCAACAACAGUUAUACAUGUUUUUACUUCAGAGGUAUUUGCGUAUAAGGUAUGGCUCUGAAUGUGACACCAAAUUAGCCCAGAUUUUGGACAUUAUACAAGACAUACGCCAAUUGACUGACAUUCAUAAUCAAGACACUCGGCUAAAGGAUCCUAAAUUGUUGGGUCCAUUGCUCCGGGAGGUUCUCGACAUAGAGUUACCACCAGUGGAUCAAUACUCGUUGACUGCAUUAUAAAAACUCAAAUAUAACCUAAAACUCACAAACAACUCAUUAAAACGCUUUCAUGAGUGCAAUAAAUAUCCGUUUGAUGGCAAAUGUGAAGUCAAUGUACAGACCCGUAGACCAUUGCUGCAGGUGUCGACUCCGCAAGUGUUAUGCCGUCGAAGUGAAACAUGAAUGGCAUUAAAGUAAAAAGAAAAAUGAAAACAAAGAAAUUGAUGGAUAUUUGAAAACUAACCGA